GUGCCGCCGCUGCCCCGAGCCGCGCUCCCCGGCACGGGCCGGGCGCCGCCGCAGCCGCGGGGAUGAGCAGCGGGACGCGGUGCCGCGGCGCCCACAACGGCAGCGAGCCCGGCGGCAUGCGGCCCCGCGGCAACGCGACGGGGCGGGCGGCCGAGGGCUGCGGCGCCGUGUCGGUGGCGUUCCCGCUGACCAUGAUGAUCACGGGCAUCGUGGGCAACGCCCUGGCCAUGCUGCUGGUGUCCCGCAGCUACCGCGCCAAGGAGAGCCGGCGCAAGCGCUCCUUCCUGCUGUGCAUCGGCUCCCUGGCGCUCACCGACCUGCUGGGGCAGCUGCUCACCAGCCCCAUCGUCAUCUCCGUCUACCUGUCCGACCGCGCCUGGGACGCCGUCGAUCCCUCGGGCCGCCUCUGCGCCUUCUUUGGCUUUAGCAUGACGGUCUUCGGGCUCUGCCCGCUCUUCAUCGCCAGCGCCAUGGCCGUGGAGAGGACGCUGGCCAUCCGCGCGCCGCACUGGUACGCCAGCCACAUGAAGACGCGGGUGACGAAGGCGGUGCUGCUCGGCAUCUGGCUGGCCGUGGGCGCCUUCGCCCUCCUGCCCGUUGCCGGGCUGGGCCAGUACACGCUGCAGUGGCCCGGCACCUGGUGCUUCAUCAGCACCGGCGACAGCCGGGUCACCGGGAGCCUCGUCUUCGCCUCCACCUUCACCGUCCUGGGGCUCCUGUCCCUCGUGCUGACGGUGGCGUGCAACCUGGCCACCAUCGAGGCCUUGGUGUCUCGUUGUCGGACCAAAGCGACCGCAUCCCGCUCCAGCAAGCAGUGGGGGCGAAUCGCCAUGGAGACACUGAUCCAGCUCUUGGGGAUCAUGUGUGUCCUCUCGGCCUGCUGGUCACCGCUACUGAUAACAAUGUUGAAGAUGAUCUUCAGCCACACAUCGUUUGAACAUUGCAAGGGAUUCUCCGGUGAAACCCAAAGCUCAGAACUGCACAAGGAAUGCAAUUUCUUCUUGACAGCAGUGCGCUUGGCCUCCCUAAACCAGAUACUUGAUCCCUGGGUAUACCUUCUGCUCAGGAAGAUCCUUCUUCGGAAGUUCUGCCAAGCAGCCAGUGCUGUCUCCAAGUGCUCCAACAAUGAGUGCAAAGAGAGAUCGAUCACCUUGUCAGAGGAGAUCCGGCGGACAGCAGCAUGAAGGAACUUUCAUCCACUUGCAUGGGAACUACUUUUGCCAAUGAGUCAUUUUAAAUCUUACUGUGAAUCGGGGUAUCUGUAACAUGUUCACAUCUGCAUGAAUAGCUGAAAAUGGUAUUACUGCAGAGACUUACAGUGCCAAAUAAUUAUUUAUCCAAUGUGCCAAAAAUUCUCAAAUGCAGAAGAAGGAAUUGGUUUUGUUUCUAUGUUCUGUUGUUGUUGCCAUUCAUAACAUGAUGUUUUGUGUGCCUAAAAUAGAGUUUGGAGGGAAUUGUCUUGCAUUAGGGUAAAAAAAAGGGGGGUUUUGGUCAGGGAACACUUGGAACAGAUUCAACAGAUUAAAUCACUGAAGAGACCCACUGCUAUGUAUAUUUUAAUAUUAUGAUUACCUGCUUCAGAGAGCUCUUAUUCCUCCUUUUUUUUCUGGAGGGCCAAGAAGAGAAAGGGGCAAAACCUAUGAGUUAAAGGAAGAUUCUAUUUGGAUUUCAGUGGCUUAAAACUGAAAAGGGUCUGUUGUGCCGAUGAUGGUGUGUCAUUCUCUUUUGAGAACUGAAGGUAGUCUCAUAAGGCAUGGAUUUGUCCUGCUCAUUCCAUGUGGAUGCUGAAGGAAGCCUCUCUGCUGUAGAGGGGGUCACUGUGGAAUGGAGAGCACAAGGGAGAAACAGCCUGUGAAAUACCCAGGCAUAACAAGAACUGUUGUUUGCAGAGCAUACUAUAAAACUACUUUGAGCAGAUGGAGAGAGUGAUAAACAGGUUGUAAGAGAGAGUAAGUGUUCUUCUUCCUGUAGACUAAUGGCAAAGGUUUGCAGAGCCAAAAAUAUUGUUUUCACGUGAGUUGUUUUAUUUGGAAAUGCACAUAUCCAGUACUAAAAUGAACAUCAAAUGAUUUGUAAGUAAUGAGGAUGCCACUCAACUUCUUCAUUACUAAACUAUCCUUAAAAGUGGCCAAAAUAGUUCCUAAAAAUAGUUUAUUUCUUCUUUCCUCCAAAAAGAAAAAUUUGGGAGAUAUGGCAGCUUUUGGGCAUUUUUAAAACAAAGCAGACUGGAAGAGGCGGGUAGAAGUGUUUGUGUUAGUCAGAUCUUUCUUUACUUGACAGGUAACUGUCAAGUUUUAUUGGAAAACUGAGUUCUCAUCCGUUUGUGUCACCACUGAAGUUUGUUUUUAAAGGGCUAAAAUUUUUUCCUCGUUUUCCUGACCGGUUUGUAGAUUGUAGCCUCUGAUGUCUCCUGUUUUGUGGCCUCUUGGGUGAAAUUAGGUGCAAAUACAAUAAAAUGCAUUGUAUUCUAUAGUUCUACACCAUGUACUUUGUACCAUAUAGUAUUGAAUCCCAGGGCCUUAAAGGCAAGUGUAAUCUUUCAUCUAGCAGGAGUUUCUUGCACGGAACCUUUAAUUUUACUUUUCUCCCUUAAAGGUAACUACUCAAAAGAGAAACUGGCUACUCUUGUCUUGUUCUGCUACGGCAUUGUCUAAUUCCUUAUUAGUAUCAGUCAAACAAAAAUAAUUAAUCUGACAGCAGAAGCCACUGUCUGCAUUAACCUAAUUUUAUCCAGGUGCCAUUUGUUUCAAGAGCCUGCCGAAAAACACAGAGGCACGUUUGGUAAGAUAUUGCCUUUCUUUUAUCAAUAUUCAUCUUCUUCACGUUAAUGAAAUCAAUUCCUUUUUCCAUUAGGGACCGAGGGCAUCCUGCAGGCUGUGGGACCUGGUGCUCAGAGACGUGUGAUCCUGGCGAGCUGCCGCACUGUGCAGGAGGCGAUGCCGAGCAUCACAGCUGCAGGCGCCUGCGUGUCAUUUGCUGAUCAGCACUGUGGGGAACACAGUGAAAUAAAAAUGUCACUCAUUCUCUUGGGAAAAAGUGCCUUGCAGGAUUCCUACUUCUAAAAUAAAAUUAUUUUGGAAUGUAAAAAUCCUGUUCUUCAGUCCAGAGGAUUCCUAUUGUUCCGUUUAUGUAUGUUAGCUUUUUAAAAAAACUAAACCAACCCAAUUGCUUGUAAAAUAUGUCAGGAUGACCUUAAUGGUUGGAUGGAGUCAUUUGUCAAGACAUUUCUGAGCAGCAGGACUCAGAGAGCAAGAGCCCAUCUGGGAGCCUGAGUGGGAUAGCAAGGGGGGGAAGUUCUGCCAGGAGGAGGGAAUUGAGCCCCCUUUUAUCAGCUCUUACAGCAGCAAGAGGAGAGUGAUGGUUUUUCCUGUAUGUUAUCAGUCAAAUCUGUGGUAAAAAGAGAACAGCUCAGACAGGGCAAAGUCUUCAGUCAGCUGUGGGAAGGGACACUUUUUCACUUCUAGGUUAACUGGACAUGGCCUUGUUUUCCUGAAGGGUAGGGACGGUUCCACUUUAGUUCACUUAAAAUAGUUCUGUGAUGCCAUCUCUUUUCUUAGUUAAAUAGGACAUGUCCUUUUCUGUUUGGAAAAAGGCUGCUCUGUCCAUCUUUGUGUGCAUUAAUAUGAAGAAGCUACUUUAAAUAUCAGAGAAUGGGAAAGAAUGUCUGCUUUUGAUUUGUUUACAGAAAAGGAGUUUAAGCACUAUUUGCCAGCCACAGCUGGAGGAACGCACUUUCUAAAACGAAAGCUUUUAUUUCCCAAUUACUUGUUUGAGUGGUGUAUUUUUGUUGCAUUUCUUUAAAGAUGUCUUUUAUGUGAUAUAUUUAAAUUCCACUACAGUAGUAUUUCUAAUACUGAUUUUAGUAUGUUGUACUUCUGUCAAACAUGUUAUGGAGACCGUGGUGUAUGGAAAAAAUUUUGAGAUAAUUGUUUGCCUUAAAAUCUUGCUUGUUUGUGUACCAAGUUAAUGUGUGUUGCAUCAGUCAGAAUAAAAGUUCAGCAGAAUGACA